AUGACAGAAAUAGCAAAUCUUCUACAGGUUCCAUUAAAACAAGGAACAAACAAAAAGGGUGCAUAUAAUAGAACUAUGAAAGUUCCUGAUGGAAUGAAAGAAUUAGUUCAUAUUGUUGCUGGUCUUCAAAAAGAUGUUAAACAAAUGAGAAACGUUUUAACAUUACCAGAAGCUCAAGCAUAUGCCAAACGUCAAGGUCCAAAUUGGGAAGCACACGAAGCAGACAUUACAGGUCCAAAUGGAAAACUUUUUGAACUUGAUGAAAUAAAUAACCUUAUUAAAUUUCCGCUGAAAAUUAAAUUUUGUACUCCUCAUCUUCGUUCAUUGUUGGGGAUAUUAAAUUUUGAAAAAGAUGUUGGGGAUGUUUUGUAUUCUGACACUGGUUCCAAUUUCAUUUUAGUCAAAUGUGAUAAAGUUAAUACCCCAAUGAGAUUUUCACAUCAAACAUUAGACCCUAACUCUUACCCAUCAAUACAAAACAUUUUAUCCAUCAACUUAAACACAUUUUCUUUAUCAUAUCCGUUUCAAUUAUCCGGGAAUUCAUUUAUUCUUCAUUCAAAAGAUUUAUCAAAUAUUAAAUUUAGAAUAACUGACCUAUUUGAUUGUGAUUUAGAAUUUAUGAAUGAAAUAUUAUGGCAAUUUCAAAUAGAGAAAAUAGCUGAUGAGAUAACGGAUUAA